AUGGAUGAGAAAGCAGAAAUUGUGUCUGGUCCAAUUAACGCAGUUUCAUCCGCGGUAUUACCGUCAUCUGCUGUGGGCAGAGAGGGAAAGCUUGAAGGCCAGACGCCAAGCGGGGUCAGCAGCGACAGAGUCAAGAUAUGGCAGCUGGUUUUUCGUGUUUCAAUCAUUACUUCUGAGGUUUACUCGCAUCAAUAUUCUGGUAGUGGGACAGAAGACGAGCCUUACGUGGUGGACUUUCUGCCCGGCGAUCCUCUCAACCCACACAAUUGGGAAACAUGGCGGAGAUGGAUGUUCCUGUCCAUCGUAGCCGUCUCGACACUGGCGGUGUCCUUCUGCACCUCGGCAUACCUAAGUGCAUUGCCUCAACUUCGUGAACACUUUCAAGUCUCUGAUUUGGUGAUCACACUCGGCUUGUCGCUGUUCAUCUUGGGCUUUGCGCUUGGUCCCCUAGCCUGGGGUCCGCUGAGUGAGGAAUAUGGCCGGCAACCACUGUAUUUCUUGACCUGUGCUGUCUUGACGGUCAUGAAUAUCGGUGUGGCGUCGGCAAACUCAAUGCCGACGUUGAUCGUCCUGCGAUUCUUCGCUGGUGCUUUCGGCGCCUCGCCAUUAGCUAAUUCCGGAGGGGUCAUCGCUGAUAUGUUCGUCUCGGAGCAACGAGGUGUGGGAAUUGCGGCGUGGUCCGCGUGUGCGUUCAUUGGCCCCGCUGUUGGACCCAUCGUAGCGAAUUUCGUGGCUGUUGCCGCUGGUUGGCGGUGGGUUAUGUGGACGAUGACGCUCUUCGCCGGGACGUUUUGGAUUGUCGGCGCUCUUGUCAUUCCUGAAACCUAUGCUCCGGUGAUACUCCGCAGACGGAGUCAAAAAUUAACCAAACUGACCGGCAAGUUGCACAUUUCGAUAUAUGAGAGCAAAUCUGAACACAGAGCGACGACAACGGAGAAGAUCCGCAAAGUUCUCUUUAGGCCUUGGAAACUCUUGAUAUAUGAGCCAAUUGUACUGCUCAUAUCGGUCUACAUGGCCAUAUUAUACGCAACCUUAUUCAUGAUGUUGGGCGCUUUUCCGAUUGUUUUUGCGGAGACUCGACACUGGGCUCAAGGUGUAAGCGGUCUGCCGUUUAUUGGUAUCUGUGUUGGAAUGAUUAGCGGUGCGCUUCAUACAAUUUACGACAAUAAACGCUAUCUCAGAGACAUCGAGAAGCCCGAAAACUUGACCCCUGAGGCGAGGCUGCCACCGGCAUUGCUUGGUGCGGUCAUCACACCGAUUGGGAUGUUUCUAUUCGCCUGGACCAACUUUCCCAGCAUCCAUUGGAUAGUAUGCAUUAUUGGCAUUGUCAUCUACUGCCACGGGUCGGUGCUCGUGUUUCUGUCGGGAAUGAACUACCUCCUCGAUUCUUACACCAUAUAUGCGGCAUCUUGUUUAGCAGCAAAUGCUCUCUUGCGAGCCAUUCUUGCAGCAGCAUUGUAA